UGUAAAGUGUUUGGGAAGAGUUGCUUUCCAGCAUGGCCGGCUGCUCCCCAACACCAGAACAGAGAGAAGAAUGUAAGUGUCAGACUAAGCACUAGAGGGCGCCCCCAGACCCCGCGGCCUCUGCGCCUAUAACUAGCGGGGACGACGUUACUAGCCAUAGACAAGUGGGGGCGCUAGACAUUCGGACGAAAGCGAGGCGCCACUUCCGGUGCACAGUGGGGCGGCCAUUUUUUGGUUUAUUUUUUUUAAUUUUUUUUUUUUUUGGAGCGUCGGAGGGCGAGCCCGAUAGUGACCUGGGGCGUGAGCUCAGAGCAGGGGGUAAAACGUGAGGAGACACGUCAGUAGCCGCCAGAAAUCCGUGCGCGCGGUCGGGCGGAGAUUAGACGCAGCGGACCCCGUGCAGGUUUUCAAGUAAAGCUUUUACAUUGUGAAACUUCAGAAGUUUCUUGCAACCUAAUGCCAUGAACCUUGAGGUGGUCGAUAUGGAGGAAAAGGCAGUCCACUCUUGGUCAAGACUUUCAUCUGCAGGAAAAAGGGCUUUUGAAGAAGCCCUAAGAGUUUUCAACCCAAUGUCAAAAGACUUGACGGACACUGAGACACAGUUGGUGACCUUCCUCCAAGGCCUUAGAGAGGAAGGCUUUCAAGCAACCAUCUUGAGCAGCAAGGAUGUAUAUGGUUAUAAUUCCACAACUGCACAGGCUCCCACUUCUGUCCCCAAAUGUCCACCAAAGAAUGCCUCUACAGCAUCAGCACCCUCUAAAGCUCAGUCAAAGAGCACAGCAGGUAAAACAUCUGGUACAUCAAUUGAUAUUUCUGUACAUGCUGCUAAAGUUUCAAAUAAAGAGUCUUCUAAAAGCUCUACAAAUCUUUUGUUGCGAUCUUUAAACCAGGAGAAGACCGAUAAAUCAAACGUGCCAGCCGCAACCUUUCCAUCCAGUAUGUAUCCUGGUGUUUACCCUGCAAUGAGAUUGUCCGUUGUUCUUGAAGCCGUGGUUCCGUUAAGUGAAACUGCAUCCUCUUUGGAGUCGAAGCUUAAUCAACACUCUAUAGUUGUUGCCUCGAAGGGAACAGUCUCCAAAUGCACAUCAGAACUUGUAGAUACCAAAGCCUAUCAGUGUUUGCUAAAAAAUGCCACAGAUCUGGAGAACCAUAUUUCCCCUUUAAACGGAAAACUCUUGAAAGGACCCAAUGGCAAAAUAUUAAAAGAGAACAAUGCUAGUAAAGCCUCUGGGAUACUGAAUGGGCAUAAUGUAAUGAAUUCUUCCAAGAACUGCAAUUGUUUGGUUCAGACAAAACACAACUCUAAACUACAGAAAGAUGUUUUAGGUAAAGCCCAACUUUUAGUUGGGCAGAACUUACACAGUACUACCUGCAAAAAGAGAAAACUAGCCGAUGACCUUCAGGACCAUCAGUCCAGUAAAAAAAAUUGCUCGGCUGCUUUGGCUAAAAAAGCUACAGCUAGUAAAGAAAAACUGGAUUCACUCAGAUCUAAAGUCAUAAAAGUGGACAAAUCAUUUUCUGACGAUGAGCUUAGGAGAAGAGCCCAAAAUAUUCUCCAAGUGAACCUCUCUCCUGUUAUCCGAAUUCAACCCCUGUCAAUCUCUUAAAUUCUGUCCUUUUUGCUAAAAUAACUGAUUGCAUUUUUUCCUUUUAAACUGUUUUUUUUUUUUUUUUUUUUUUGGAGAUUGUGGUAUGAUCCCACAAGGGAGAAACUCUAUAUUUGGAAUGCAUUUUGUCUGUGGCAGCCCUGGCACUGUUACUCCUAAACCUACAGAACAUACGGCCAGGGAAAAGGUGGUGCUGGAGCAGGGAAGGGGGAAAACGAUCUGGUAACAAGUCUUUUAAUCAAGUUCGUUAAUACACGACUGUAUGUAUAUUUUGUGCAAUAGAAAAGAAAGGUUUGUUGAAGUAUAUGCACUGUGACUUUUUUUGCUUCUUUUGAAUUGCAAAAAUGUAUUCUUCUAGGGAUACUCCACUUUCAGCACUCUUGUGGAUCUGCAACUCCCAGUAUCUGGUUUGGGGGGGGGGGGGGAGAAUGUUGAGUUGAAGUUCUGCUGUAGCUGGUUAGAAUUGCUGAGUGCUGAAUUUUGAAUGUCCCUGGUUUUCUAUCAAUUUGUUUGGGGUGGGGGGGAGAUUGGGUUAACUAAUGUCUCCAUGACCUAAGAACUGUUAGUAGCACUUUAUUUUUCUGUGUAUAUUUAACUGUUAGAUGAGUUUAUUUAGCUGUCCCUGCUGUGCAAUUUUGAUUUUGUUUCACUGGCUACAUUCUGUAAAUAGAAAUCACAUUAUUUUACUUAUUUCACCUUGUGUGUAAAAUGUUUAGGAUCAGCAUUAAAGAUUGAUCUUGAAAUCUG